GAUAGUGCCCCAAACAAACAGUCCUGUCGCUGCGCCCGUGGAUGUUGAUAAGAAUGAAUGUUUCGUUUUGAGAACAACGAUGAUCUCGGUGAGUUACAUUCUGCUGUGCGGACAGUUCCUCCUGCUGCUGACCGUCAUUCUGUUACAAUGUCUGGGUGGAAUUCAUUCCCACAACUCCUCCACCACCGAGACCCCUGCUUCCUCUCCGGCCCGGGGAGCCACCGGGUUCCCGUUCAGCGAGCAGCCGCCCGACCCGGUGAAGUACGAGAUCCCGGUGGACACUGAGAACGACACCGAGACGUACGAGUACAGACCCCUGUCCCCCGUGGUCCUCUGCAGCUAUCUACCUGAUGAGUUUGUCUACUGUCAGGACCCUGUGGAUCACGCAGGAAACUACAGUGCUCUGCAGGAUUUGGGCCACGGUUGUGUCGGGUGGGGCGGCCAGACUCAGAAAGAAGUGAACCUCACUCGUGUGAUAUGCACUGCACUCGAUGAUAUAGAGUGUGCCGGAUCCAGAGAGUUCCUGAGAGGAGAAGUGCCCUGCAUCAAAUACACUGGACACUACUUCAUCACCACGCUGCUGUACUCCUUCUUCCUGGGUUGUUUCGGGGUUGAUCGCUUCUGCCUUGGUCACACCGGCACCGCUGUGGGGAAGCUGCUCACCCUGGGAGGCCUGGGGAUCUGGUGGUUUGUCGACUUGAUUCUGCUCAUCACCGGCGGCCUGAUGCCUAGUGAUUACAGCAACUGGUGCACAUACUACUGACACCAAAAGAAUGGUGUUACCAAGGACUCUGACCACCUCCCGGUUCGAUCAAUUUAAUAUUGAGUCCGAGGACCUGCUGAGUAGUCCGGGGAAAAAUUAUCUUAUUCAAAUUGAAUUCACUUGAAAUUUACGACCUUAAAAAGAAAAGACCUCCGAAUGACUCUCCAGGCAGAUUCUCAGUCCAUUCUUUUUAGUACUAAAUCGUAAAAAUAAGGUCACCUUGGUUUGUUCAAUUAGCCUGAGCCACAGAAAAAAGUGAUUUAUCGUCGCCUUUUAGUUCUGAUCUGUUUGGUUUCUUCACAUUGAUUUAUUACAAACAAACCUACAUAUCAACAGGAAGUCACAUGGACUGACAGAUAGCUUAUUGAUUGGACAGUUUUGGCAUCUGUCAUCCUGCAUCAUCAGGAAUGCGGUGACCCACAUGGAAAAUUAAAUUGAAAAAAAAAACAUGACGGCUGAGCUUAUGUCUGUACUUCCUGUGUGGCUGCUGUGAUUCAUUCUGUAAUUCAUGAUGAGGACACAAGCAGAGUUCACCUUCUAACAUUAAUGUAUACGCUGCGCAUGAGAAUACUUUCUGAAAAGUUCAAGGUCUGUAGAACUGCUGAAUUAUAAUUGUGUUUAGUGUUUAUAUCAAUGCUAAAAUCACAUAUCUGCAUUUAUAAACUCAUAAAACCACAAACUAACUGCAAACACUGUACAGUCCACAGAGCCCCUGCUUAGGUGUGACUAAUUCUAAGUAGUGUGAAAGAUUGUGUGGACGUAGCUGGACUCUAGGUGACUGGUGCGGUACAGAGGCAAGAUGACCAACCAGAGGACUUUGUUAUCGUAGACGCCAUGUCAGAGGUUUUAAAGUGGGAGGAGGGCCACCCCACAGUUUCAGGGGAGGCUCUGGGAAUGGAAGUAAUCUGGUCAAAGAGAGAGCGUUUUUUUAUGUGUCUUUUCACACAUUGCCAGAGUCAGAAACUCAUAGAUGCCUCAGGAAAGUUAUUAAGAUGAGGUGAGUAGUUUUUUUUUUAGAGGAGGCAUUGUGUUAUCUUAGCAGCAAUUCCUGGAAUGCUGCCAACUGUUAUCAAGUUAUCCUGUUUAAGCAGCAUAUAUAAAAAAAACAAUGUGGUAGUGCUGAUGAUGAUGACUGUCCAAUCAACAAAUAAUCUAUCAAUCAUGUUCACUUCUCUUGGUUUGUUGUAUUUAACGAGAAUAGUUUUUCCUAGAUUGAGUGUUGACCUGACCUAUAAUCUCUCAGAACAUUUUUACGGCAGAUAGUUAAGCAUGUCCUGCUUUGUUUUCCACAUCUUGGAGAGUUUUGGGUAAAAAAACACAAUUUUGUCUUGAUAAACUCCUUAUUCUGCAAAGUUCACAUAACAUAGCUGACAUCGUCUGAUCAUUUUCAGGAUUAUGCAUGUCAACCGAAAAUCCUCCUCUCCACUUGAACUUGGAGCAGUGAUUAUAGAACCAUUGUACAGCCUGAGGGCAACAUCCUACAAGACUCAUUAUCCGUGCUUUCCUCCUCCUUUCCCAAGUAGCACGGCUUCGGCUCUUCACGGUCUUCUGCUGCUGGAGGCGAUCACAUUUUUGAACUUCUCUGUUGAUCUCCUGCCUUCAACUGUAUUUAGACUGAUCACUUUUCAGCAUCGAGCAAGUUAGAACGCAGAACUACAAAUGGAUGGUGAUCACAUAACUGAGGUGCUGAUUUAGUAGUUUUGAGACGUGGAAAGCAGAAUCUUCCUCUAUCGAAAAAACAAAAACCUUACUUCUGAGCUGUGUGGAAGCACUUCUCUCCUUAGCAUUCAGGAGUUGAGCUUGGCCCUGUCCAAAUGUCUGAAACUUUAUCAAAUUCAGAUUUUCAUCAGCUUAUUCCAGCUAAGCUCAGAUCUCGCGUUAAAUAUUAAAAUCCUCACCUUUUAUCCUGCUUUGUUAAAUUCCUCGUUUUAACCCAAGUGGAAGGUUUAUGUGCUUUUCAUAAACCUUCCACUUGGAGCAGGUUUCAUUACCCAAGGAUCCAUAAAAACCCUUUGAGGUGUUGUCAUAAAAGGUUGAAGGAGACAUGAUCGUCAACGUGUCGACCGCUGUCAUCCUGCAGCAGCAAUUUGCUUUUAGCAGGCAAUAUAUUUUCAGGCGACUAAACAUCUUUUGGAGAGGGGGAGCAGUAAAUUGCAGCUUUCCAUAUUGCAAUUUUCCAUUUAAUUCACAAAGUGUUAAUGCAAGCUGAAACAAAUAUAGUUUAUAGUUAUAGAGUUUUUCCAUGUCCGAGGUCUUGUCUUCAAUCUGAAUGUAUUGUUUUUUCUUUGUUAAAUCCAAACCCAGAUCCGCUGAGUCGCCCUGCAUUUGUAUAAAACAUGGUGUGUGGUGAACCCUUAAUGUUGUGCUUUGUAAAAUACUGUAUAUAAUAUCGACCUGCCCAGCAGAAGCUUUGUUUUAUAUUCUUUAACUUUAAUCCACUGUACUAUUUAUCAUUGCCUUAUGUUUUUGUGUUGAGGCAUACAUGUUCCUGGGAGCAUAGAGUUUUUUUUUGUCCUCUGGUAAAUUUGUGUAAUUUUUUUCAACUUCUGCUAAAAUAAAAAUAGGCUAAGCUUUGUCCUUAACUUUUUUAUUAAAACUACACACAUGCUCCAGGAAGAGUAUCUCCCCUGUAACAAUGCAGAGGAAGGAGUGUUGUAUUAAAACUGUCAUUAUGACUCAAUAAAAAGUAUCAGGUA